AACAUUGUGCGAAUAGAUGAGGCUGCGCACAGCGUACCACUUAGUCCAGAUUUGUGGGUCCUCAAACUUUCCCAUCCACAACCUACUAAUAGUGAAGAAGGCUUUGGCAGAGAAUCGACGGUGGUUAUUAUUUGCCAUCCACCUAGUGAUCUGUAGUUCAUUCUAAUCCAAAUACGCGAUAUGCAAAUAUUCGCACGGUUUGAAGUUGGCCUGAGCAUUUCGCCUACCAACACUAUACAAGUCUAGCCCUUUACAAUAGGAACACAUACACACCUGAAAUAAUCGCAGCCUAACUUGCCAGUUCCCCAUGUAUGCGAUUAUCGAU